AACUUCACAAGCAGACAUCUGAUUGGUCGGAUUCUGGUGGCAGCACAGCAACCCGGAACACUCACACUUGAAGUGACCCCUUUGCCUGCUUUUACACGAUAAUAUAUAAUAUAUUUCUCCCCUGACGGACGUAAUAGUAUUUAAGACGACUUGUUUUGGUGUAAGUGUGAGAAUAAAGAGCAUUGUAUGAUGCCGACGUCUCCUGUGAAAGUGCGCGUCCCGCUCACGAGCUUCGGUCACCUGAUCACGGAGGUCAAGAGGCAAUUUCUCGGCAUGGAGGACCCUGCUGCCGUCAAGUUGACUGGUUGGAGGAAGUACUUCAACAGCUACACCAUGCAGGGUCGCCGAAAUUGUGUCUUGGCGACUUACAGCAUCGUCGCUGUAACCAUGGCGGCCUAUUUCAUGCACAGACAAACCAAAAAAGAAGCUCAGAAAAAUGCCACACCUUAAAAAAAGAAGAAGCAUUUGUUGCCAUUAUUUAUGACGUGAAGAAAUAAAAAUUAAAAAAAAGGUUUCUUGGAAAUAUCUAUGAUGUCAGUAAAUGUUAUCUGUCACCA